AUGACACUUCAACCCUGUUCUUUGGAUGAUCUUGGGAGCUUCACGAAGGUGUUAGGGAGAAAGGGAAAUGACAGGAUUCUUCAGCACUCCAUAGGAGAACAGCCAGAGAUGCGAGGAACAAUUUCUCCCAACAGAGCUCUCUCAGUGACUGGAGAGGUAAUUUUCCUAUAACAUGAUUUGUUAAGCAAGGGGUGCAUAAUUUGAGACUCUGCUCAGUUUCCUAGCUGUUAAGUUACAUUGAACUCACUGGGACUUGCUUUUGAGUAGACCUGUAUGGAAGUACACUGAGAGCCUUUCAGAUAUUGACCCCAUCAGUAAAGGGAAGACCAGCUUGCUUCAUUGGUUAGGCUCAAGAAGUCCAGCUCACUUGCUAACAAUCCAGAGGACACAUUGCACCCUUGUUUUCAGAGAGAGUUUCAGUUACCAGACUGCGAAAGGAAAGGAAUAUUAGCAGGGGGGGAAAUGGCUUCAUACUUGAGCACUUACUCGUGGGCAAUAUAACUCAGCAUCCUUUGCACUUAAUUCUUUUGCUGUCCAAAUAUCCCAAAUUGGUUAUCCUUAGUUAAAGAGCAUGACUUUUAAAAACAAAAGCCCUAUCCAACCAACCAAUUAUGCAAAUUGCAUAAGCUAUUCCCAUCUUCCUAAGGGAUCCCCGGAGAGCAAUGUGAGGUUCUGCAUUUACUGGCCUAUAAAUCAAUUUAAUAUACAAGGUGUGGGGAGUGUAGGUUUGGAAGUCUCUAAGGAAGUGAUACUUAUAUCUAUUUUCUAAUUCUUUUCCCUUAUAUUAUUUGCUGCAUUUCACCAAAGCCAUCAGGAAACCUCUCUGCAACAUUCCACUGUGGUCCCCCUUAA